UUCUCAUAAAAAAUUAAGAGGAAAGGAAGAAAAGCGUAAGGAUUAGUAGCAGUAGCUUCGUAGAAAGAGUUGUUUGCGGCAGAGCGUAAUUCCCACGGCAGAGACCAUAAAUUUGGACGCCGAAGACUGUGUGACGUAAUCGCAAUUCGCGAGUAACUUCAAGGGCAAAAAAGGGAACCGUACCCAAGUUUUUCAAUCUGACACAGUAAUCGUGUGCUUCAUCAUCGCCGGGACGGAGAUCGUGUCAUUCUGCGACCAUUAUCUCCGAUCCUGUUACAUAUCCUAUCUGCCGGCGAUCCUACGCACGGUUGCACGCGACUUUGACAAAUAUCAUCAGUGUGAUUUUUGAAAUGGACAGUGAUAAUGAUUUCACUUUUUGUCAGGUCAGUACACCUGUAGUGGAAACAAACAAGCUUGUUUCCGAUAUUGCUGAUAUUUCCAUAAAGGAAGAAUCCUCAAAUGCAAGUAGUAGUGAUCACAAUAAUGGUGGUUUCUUAUGGAAGAAUGGUUCACCCAAUGAUUCUUCUAACUCCAUAAAGGAGGGUACAGUUGGUUCUUUGUCUUUCAGUGUAAUUAGCACCGCGAAUGAAUCAACUAAUAGUGAUGCUAAGAAUUCGUCUCAGAAGUCGUCAGAGCAGAAGAAUUCUGUUAAAAAGCCAACUGUUCGUGCCAAAGUUCCUUUUGAAAAGGGUUAUAGUCAAAUGGACUGGCUCAAGCUUACUCGAACGCAUCCUGACCUUGCAGGUUUAAAAGGACAGUCUAACAGGAGACUAAUUUCUAUGGCUGAAGUUAAAAAACACCAAACAGAAGGCCAAAUGUGGACUGUAUUAAAAGGCCGUGUUUACAAUAUAUCUCCAUAUAUGAAGUUUCAUCCUGGAGGUGUUGAUAUGUUGAUGAAGACAGUGGGAAAAGAUUGCACAUCUCUAUUCAAUAAAUACCAUGCUUGGGUUAACGCUGAAUUCUUACUAGAGAAAUGCCUUGUGGGUAUUUUGGAUGAAAGUCAUUGAAGAAAGAACAGUUUUAUUCUGUAAUAAUAAAUAAUCACAUCACAUGAAGCUACCCUUGGCUCGAGUCAGUUUUACCUCUUCAUUGGCUCUCUUCUGACUUCUAUUUAUUGGCCAGGAGACAUCAUUCAAUAAAGAACAAAUAAAUAAAUUCUAUACCUAUACUUGUUUCUGUUUAAAGAAUCUCAAUGGGAGUUUGUUAUACAAUUAUGGAUGAGUAUAGUUAUUCUGCUAUCUGGAAUUCGGAUUUUGUAACAUUUUCAUAAAGUUUGUUGACUUUGUUCAUUAAUGUAUACUAGCUAAGGUGAUAUUCCUGUACAUUUGUCCAUGCUGAUAGUGUUUAUAGUUAGAGGCAGAGUGUAAGCAAUGGCAAGCUGCGUGCCUAAUUGCAUUAGUGCAAUAUUUAGAACAUUGCUGAUUCUAGGCAUUUAUUUGACCUAAGUAUAGCUCGCUUGGGAAAAAACUAUGUUACUUGUGAGCAGGGCCUGAGCAAAAUGAACAUUCUUUUAAGAGCUCAAUUCAAUGGUUAUGGCAAAAUUGAAGAA